GGCGUGCGGCCAGUCUUCUUCCUUCUCUGUCUGCUCUCUCAUCUUCCAGUUUUGAAGAUGGCGCUCUCUCUGGGCGAGGUGGCUGCGGUUGGCGGCAGCCGGCUGAGGAGGCAGCUGGAGUCGGGGAGCUACGCGGCCGAGGAGUACGUGAAGGUCCUUUCCCAGCAGUCGGACGGUGACCGGGACCUGCAAGAGCACCGGCAGCGCAUCCAGGCGCUGAGCGAAGAGACGGCGCAGAGCCUCAAGCGCAACGUCUACCAGAACUACCGGCAGUUCAUCGAGACGGCCCGCGAGAUCAGCUACCUGGAGAGCGAGAUGUAUCAGCUCAGCCACAUCCUCACCGAGCAGAAGGGCAUCAUGGAGGCCGUCACGCAGACCCUGCUGCAGCAGGCCAGCAACGCCGACCGCGACGACCCCGCGCUGGGGGGCGCCCGGCGAGUGGCCGCCGACCCCCACGCCAACCCCUUCCUGCCCCUCUCAGCCAAGGAUGUCGCCGCCAACGAGGAGGGCCGGCACAGAACUCUCACGACCCUCCUGGAGAAGGUGGAGGGCUGCAGGGACUUGCUCCCGGAGAGCCCCGGCAAGUACCUGGUUUACAACGGCGAUCUCGUGGAGUACGACGCGGACCAUAUGGUUCAGAUCCAGAGAGUGCAUGCCUUCCUGAUGAACGACUGCUUGCUGGUAGCUGCCUGGCUGCCCAACCGGCGGGGGACUUACCGGUACGACGCCCUCUACCCGCUGGAUGGGCUGGCUGUGGUCAACGUUAAGGACAACCCGCCUAUGAAGGACAUGUUCAAACUGCUGAUGUUCCCCGAAAGUCGCAUCUUCCAAGCCGAGAACGCGAAAAUCAAGAAAGAGUGGCUGGAGGUGUUAGAGGAGACCAAGAGAAACCGAGUCCUCAGUGAGAAGCGAAGGCUGGAACAGGAAGCCCCUGCACGGGCUCCUCCCCCCACUCCCCCCGAGAGCACCAAUCCUUUUGAGGAGGAAGAGGAAGAGGAGUCCACGCCAGAAGAAGAGACAGUGGACCUGUCUCUAGAGUGGAUUCAGGAGUUGCCUGAAGAUCUAGAUGUCUGUAUCGCUCAGAGAGACUUUGAAGGAGCUGUUGACUUGUUGGAUAAGCUGAAUGAGUAUCUGGGGGAUAAGCCUGUAACCCAGCUAGUCAGGGAGCUAAGAGUGAAGGUGGAUGAAAGAAUCCGGCAACUGACUGAUGUGCUUGUGUUUGAACUGUCUCCAGAUAGGUCUCUACGAGGUGGACCCAGAGCUACCAGGAGAGCUGUUUCUCAGCUCAUCCGCUUGGGUCAGUCAACCAAGGCAUGUGAACUUUUCUUGAGGAACAGAGAAGCUGCUGUACACACAGCCAUCCGACAGUUGCGCAUUGAAGGGGCCACUCUGCUGUACAUUCACAAGCUCUGCCAUGUCUUCUUUACCAGUCUGUUGGAAACUGCAAGAGAAUUUGAGACAGACUUUGCUGGCAACAGUGGAUGUUAUUCUGCUUUUGUUGUUUGGGCCCGCUCUGCUAUGAGGAUGUUUGUAGAUGCUUUUAGUAAGCAGGUGUUUGACAGUAAAGAAAGCUUAUCUACUGCUGCUGAGUGUGUAAAGGUGGCAAAGGAACACUGCAAGCAGCUCAGUGAGAUUGGUCUGGAUCUGACCUUCAUCAUUCAUGCCCUGCUAGUGAAAGAUAUUAAAGGUGCUUUGCAGAGCUACAAGGAUAUCAUCAUUGAGGCCACAAAGCACCGUAACUCUGAGGAGAUGUGGCGGAGAAUGAACCUGAUGACUCCAGAAGCUUUAGGGAAGCUCAGAGAGGAGAUGAGGAGCUGUGGCGUGACCAGUUUUGAUCAGUACACUGGUGAUGACUGCUGGGUGAAUCUUAGCUACACUGUGGUGGCCUUCACCAAACAGACUAUGGCCUUCUUGGAGGAAGCACUCAAACUGUACUUCCCAGAGUUACACAUGGUUCUGCUGGAAAGUCUAGUGGAGAUCAUCCUUGUAGCUGUCCAGCAUGUUGACUAUAGUUUACGGUGUGAACAGGACACUGAGAAGAAAGCAUUCAUCAGGCAGAAUGCUUCUUUCCUUUAUGAAACUGUCCUUCCUGUAGUGGAGAAGAGGUUUGAAGAAGGAGUUGGAAAACCAGCUAAGCAACUGCAAGAUCUGAGGAAUGCUUCAAGACUGAUGCGUAUUAAUCCUGAAAGUACAACCUCUGUGGUCUGAAGUUUAAUGUCUUGGGUCUUUUCUUAUAAACAAUUGUAUGUGUACCUUAAUAUAUGUUUAUAUACAUGUAUGCAUAUAUAUUUCUGAACACACCCCAAUUCCUUUAGCUAAUUAUGCCUUGCAAAUAAAUCGGAAGGCAAAGAAAAAGGGAGACAAUAAUAGGAAUGUAGUUGGGUAAACAACAUAUAGCCCAUUUCCUCUGAGGUCCUCUUGUUAAAUUUUAGAUUAAGGAAGUCACUUGUUGACAUAAUGUAUUUUGAUCCAAAAGGGAAUAACAUAUUUAAACAUAAUGAGUAUGAUACAGCAUAACCUCUAACAAGUAUUAGCUGGUUGUGCAAGAGUACAAAUGAUGGGGUGUACACAACAGUUCUGUUAUUGGAUUUCUAAACCAGAAGCAGUUUCUUGAAAAACAGAAAUAAUUUAUAUAAUUCUGUCUCCAAUACCUUGAGAGAAGGUUGUAAGGGCUGGAAUCUUACUAAUAUCAGUUCCAAUGUUUUCACCAAUCAUUAGCUAAGACAAAUACUGCAACAGUUGUAAUUUACUGCAUAUAUGUUUUCUGUUGGAUUUGAGGUUUAGGAUGGUUGGAUUCAGUGAGUGCAAAUAACAUACAGACUUCUAUAAAAGCUAAGUGUAGAAGGAAACACAGGAAUUUUGCCACAAUACUCUCUGCAGCCAAAUAUCUGAAGAUGCUGUUCAGUUUGAAAAAAAUGCAUGCUUCAUAAGCUAUGGGCAACUGCUGUGCCAGAAGCUUUAGAGGGGCUUGUGAUUAUGCAUGUCAUUCUCUGGUGCACACACAAACCUUUGGACUACUACCAGUGAGUGGUAAGGGAAGGAUAUAUAACUUGCUCACAUUUACUAUCUGCUUACAUUAUAAGUAGGAAUUAUGCUUUGAGAACAUAAAUGAAGGAGAGUUUUACACAUUGCUGAACCAGCCUAUUGCCUGGAGCUGAUUUCAUGAUGUACAAAACUGCCAUUGUGUAAUCAAGUGGUGAAGGGUGCAACAAUGGUUGAAGAACAGCCUUGCAUAAGUAUCAAGAUGCUUUUGGGUUACUACAAAUGGGAGUUGGGAUUCAAGGAUGGGAGGCAUGCAUCGGAUAGGGGAGCAUAAACCUAGUAAGGACUGUAUACAAGGCCUAUCCAUAAUAGUCCUGUCUAGUUCUGUGUAGAGUUCAAUUGUAUAUAAUGUGAUUGUAGGUUCUUUUUUCUUUUUUUUGCUAAAGUAGGCAGGGCUUUUGCAAGGCGAAUCAGUGACACUAAAGAGCAUACUCAGAUUGUCAUAAGGCUCUUUUUAUAGCCAGGGUGCUUCAGUUAGUGUAUAAAAAUUGUGUAGGUUGUAUACUGCAAGUAUUUAAGGCCCUUUUCCACCACUAUGGUUCUUAGAUACAGUGGAAAUCUGUUGUCUCUGCAUUUUGAGAAGUGAUUUUGCCAUUAAAGUAAACAUAUUCUUGAGAACACUCACGAAGAAAGAGAGGGAGAUCUCUCUGCACUCCAAAAAUAUUUGGUCCAGACAGCAGCAUGGUAUAAUACAUACUGUUGUGUGCUAAGUCACUUUCUGUCAAAAGGAUAAUUUUGCCUCUGAGUGAGAAAGGCUGGGUAGCAGCGAUGUUUAUAUGAGUAACUGGAUUUACUUAUCUCUGCCUUCCAAAAAUGUGCAGGUGUGGAAAAUGCUUUAGGGUUUAGGGUUCCCCAUAGUAUGCACUGUUAGCCUAUACACAUGUAUACCAAAAGAAUUUAGAGCAACUGAUACAGCUGUUUUACAGUUUGCACUUAACUGCACAUCUCUUCUAUAUACUGAAGAAAAUUUCUCCUUAGGAAUGUUUAUCCUGACAUCUCAGCAGGCCCAAGAAUAGGCAAGCUUCUCAUCUCUUAUUAGAUUUCUGCAGAUGGAUCUCCAAAAAAUUGUUUGUAGAGCACUUACGGGUAUUUGAGCCAUAUUCUUGUCUCAAUACCAUUCUUGGUAUUUAGUCAUUUCUGUUUCUAUUAAUAUGUCUGAAAAUAUAUGGAGGCCAAAUUAUCUCAGAAUAAGACCAAUGAUAUAAGUUUAAAUUUGUGGACAGUCUUUGUAUUCGAACAUAGAUAACUGUGGAUUAAAAUAACUGCCCUGGAAAUUUUAGAAUUUGCUUUAUUUUGUUUAAAUCUGUAUGCAUGUCUGUACACGCCCCUUUAAAUAAAAAGUAGGUGAAAAUGA